ACAUCAGCUUAUGUUCUAGGAGACAUAAAAGGUCCUUUUUUUUUUUUUUUUACCCUUUUCUUACAUUUUAUGAACUAAAAUAUCUUAUGAUAAAAUAUGUGUACUUUAAGUGGACUCAAGUCUGGACAGGCAGCUUUUGAUUGUUGACCCUGAAAGACCAACAUGGGGACCUUUGGAAGUUCUGAGACCUACCUUGAUGACCUCUAACCUUGUCUGAAGCAACAGUGGAGUUUCCGCAACAUGAGGCUUCACAGACAGGAAUUUUUUUUUCCCCACCUCAUGUUGAGAGGAAGUGAAACUCUGCACCACAGGUUACACAUAAAGAAAGGUCUUUGUGUGGUCUCCUUCACACAGCACUGUUAGGUGUUGGACUGUGACUGUUGUCAGACACAAAUAUAAUCCAGGAGAAAAAGUUUCCUCCACUAUGUCAGACACAGCCGACCACCUCACGUCCAAAGAGACACAGCACGCUCCUUCUUAUGAUGUGUCCCCACCACCACCGGCAUACUCCUACCAGGGGGAGCAACCUCCACCCUACUCCGCAGCCCCAUGUACAUAUCCUCCACCCAAAGCUGAGACAACUUGCACCUAUGAGCCCACUGGUGGGUACGAGUCCUUCAGGGACAUCAUACCAGAGGCCCCGUCGGACACGACCCCACUCAUAUCCUCAUCUUCAUUUGAUGACAGGACAGUGAGGAGAGGGUUUGUCAGAAAGGUGUUCAGCAUCCUGACCGUCCAGCUGCUGUUCACCUUCAGCGUGGUGUGCGUGUUCACCUUCUCCGACGUGGUCAAAGAAGCGGUGCAGACCAACCUGCCGGCCUACCUCAGCUCCUUCAUCAUCUUCAUCGUGGUCGCCAUCGCCCUCAGCUGCUGCCAGUCCUUCAGUCGGCGUCACCCCUGGAACAUCAUGGGACUGGUUGUGGUCACCCUGAGUUUGUCGUACAUGGUUGGAGCCAUCGCGUCCUUCCACAACACUACUGCUGUUGUCAUCACGAUGGGAGCAACGCUCGCCAUCACCGUUGCGAUCAUUGCAUUCUCCGCACAGACUCGUUAUGAUUUCACUGUCUGGUACGGUGUUCUGCUGAUUCUGGUUGUGGACUUCCUCAUGUUCGGGUUCUUCUGCACCUUCUACUACUCCUACAUCACUGAAGUUGCCUAUGGGUGUCUGGGUGCUCUGCUGUAUUCACUGUUCCUGAUGAUCGACUGUCAGCUGCUCAUGGGGUCGAUGAGCUACCGUCUGGAUCCAGAGGAAUACGUCAACGCUGCUCUCACCCUCUAUCUGGACGUAGUGCUCAUCUUCCUCUACCUACUGGGGAGGAGGUGAAACUGUAUACACACUGUAAAUAUACACAAAAUUAACAAACACAGACCAGCACUCCCCACAUAGAAAAUGUCCUUUAUUAUUAUUAUUAAUAUUAUCAUCAUGUAUAAAAUGAAGCUACAUCCUGUUUUAUGUGACAAUAAAUGAAUGAGCAUCAGAUCUUUGACAGAAUCUUUGUCGAAGUUUGACAUGAAUGUAUUUAUAAAAUUGCUGUUCUGUAUUUUUUUUUGUUACACACUGCACUUUAACCCACCUACAAAUAAAGGCUUUCAAUUUAA